CAUGGAACCAUCCUAGACUGUGAAGAAAAAGACUGGGACUUCUCAAUGAAUCUUAAUGUCCGCAGCAUGUACCUGAUGAUCAAGGCAUUUCUUCCCAAAAUGCUUGCUCAGAAAUCUGGCAACAUUACCAACAUGUCCUCUGUGGCCUCCAGCAUCAAAGGAGUGGAGAAUAGAUGUGUGUACAGCGCCACCAAGGCAGCUGUGAUAGGCCUCACAAAGUCCGUGGCUGCAGAUUUCAUCCAGCAGGGAAUCAGGUGCAACUGUGUGUGCCCAGGAAUGGUUGAUACCCCCUCUCUGCAAGAAAGAAUUCAAGCCAGAGAAAACCCUGAAGAGGGUUUAGUGCGUCAUGAACAAUUUGAAUGCCGGUGUGAAAAUGUCAUGGUAACCUCAGUAAUCCCUCUGUAG